AUGGCUGCCGCUGUACUUUAUCUGAGAGAGUCUAUCGACCGCCCUGACUCGCGGGUGAGCUUCGCGCGGUCUGAAGCUUCCAGCCACUCAACCUAUCAUAGCUUUCAGGAUCUCGAUCUUCAGGAACCCGAGGUACCACCACCAGCACCCUCCAAUCCUACCUCGAGGCCGCCUGUUCGUUUGCCAGCUCCUACAUCUGUUCCCAUUACUCAUCAACGUCCACCGGUAGCUUGGGAGAUGCGGCGACAGGACUCGGGCUAUGAAUCAAUCACACCAGCCCGCAAGGAUUCAUUCCCAUCUCAUCACAAGGGAGCUUCGACAACAUCUUUGGCUUCAAACGGCCGGAAACGUGUCAGGCCUGCCACCCGGCGAUCUCCCAAGUCUGCGCCAGCUUCGCAACUGCAAAGAAGUAGCCGCAACUCUGUCUCACCCUCCCCCGAUUACCGACAAUCGGAGGAGGUUCAAGAAGAGGUUUCCUACUUUCACUUCCCACAGCCGGAAUUCACCUCGGAGCCGGCAUUGGACGAUACCAUCGGCUCUCACAACCCUCGUGAUUUCGCUACUGAAGGCAACUACACACACAAAUCUGAGGUUGCGGUCUAUCCACUCCCUCCACAGACGACGCAUUACUGGACAAGCGAUCAGACGCGACGACUUGAGUAUGCGGCCAUUGAUGCCGCGAGCAAGGGCGUUCGCGGCUGGGUUAUGCGUCAUGUCGUCCCAGAGUGCUUUGUGCCCCCAAGCAAGCGAAGGGUGGGGUUCGAGGACGACAGAGGCAGCGUGAUUCGGUACCGCCUUGACCUCGACACGGAGGAUGACGGCGAGGAGAAGGGGAACUCAGAUUCGAGAAAGGGGUGGAGGACUUGGUUAUUCAGUGUCCGGCGCCGUUGA